AUGGGUUCUCCAGAGAAGAAUGGGAUAGAGAAAGGAGAAAUGGGGGAGAAGGAAAUUAGAAAGCAUAAUAUAGGCAUAAUUUUCAGAUAUGCUGAUUGGGUUGAUAUUUUGCUAAUGGUUUUGGGUACUUUUGGAGCUAUUGGGGAUGGCAUGUCAACAAACUGGUUAAUAAUCUUUGCCGGCCGUAUAAUGAACAGCAUGGGUUAUGGUAAUACCCAACAAAAUAAUAACAAUUUCAUGGAAGAGGUCGAAAAGUGCUGCUUAUACUUUACAUACUUGGGAUUAGCAGCAAUGGUGGUGGCUUUCAUGGAAGGUUACUGUUGGAGCAAAACCAGCGAGAGGCAAGUGUUGAAGAUUCGUUACAAGUAUUUGGAAGCCAUUCUUAGGCAAGAAGUUGGCUUCUUUGAUUCACAGGAAGCAACUACUUCAGAAGUCAUCAAUAGCAUAUCUAAAGAUACAUCUCUCAUACAAGAAGUCCUCAGCGAAAAGGUUCCAAUAUUUGUGAUGAAUUCAUCUGCCUUCAUCUCAGGACUUGCAUUUUCCGCUUACCUUUCAUGGAGGUUGGCUAUAGUAGUUUUCCCAGCACUGCUUCUCCUCAUCAUUCCAGGAAUAAUUUAUGGAAAGUACCUUCUCUAUCUAUGCAAGAAAGCUUCCAAGGAAUAUGGCAAAGCAAAUGCCAUUGUGGAGCAGGCUCUGAGUUCCAUUAAGACCGUUUAUUCAUUCACAGCUGAAAGGAGAAUUGUUGAGAGAUAUUCAGCUAUAUUGGAUAGGACAAUAAAGCUGGGACUGAAGCAAGGCAUAGCAAAAGGUUUGGCUGUGGGCAGCACAGGGAUUGCUUUUGCGAUAUGGGCUUUCCUAGCUUGGUAUGGAAGCCAUUUGGUUAUGUACAAAGGAGAAAGCGGAGGAAGGAUCUACGCAGCUGGCGUCUCCUUCAUAUUGGGCGGACUGUGUCUUGGAGUAGCACUUGCUGAUUUGAAGUACUUCACAGAAGCCACCAUUGCUGCUACGAGAAUCUUUGCUAGGAUUGACCGGACUCCGGAAAUUGAGAGUGAGGACACAAAGGGCAUUGUGUUAGACACAAUUCGAGGAGAUAUAGAAUUUGAUCAGGUCAAAUUCAUAUAUCCUUCUCGUCCUGAUUCCGUUGUUCUCAAAGAUUUCAACCUCAAAGUUGAAGCAGGCAAAACUGUGGCUCUCGUUGGUGCAAGCGGAAGCGGUAAAUCCACUGCAAUUGCAUUGGUGCAACGUUUUUAUGAUGCAAACGAUGGAGCAGUGAAGAUUGAUGGGGUUGAUAUAAGAAGAUUGCAAUUAAAAUGGAUCAGAGGAAAAAUGGGUCUUGUUAGUCAAGAACAUGCAUUAUUUGGGACAUCAAUAAAGGAAAAUAUAAUGUUUGGGAAGCUAGAUGCUACGAUGGAUGAAGUCAUGGCUGCUGCCAUGGCUGCGAAUGCCCACAAUUUCGUAAGACAGCUUCCGGAAGGGUAUGAAACAAGGAUUGGCGAACGCGGAGCACUGUUGUCAGGAGGACAAAAGCAGCGAAUUGCUAUUGCCAGAGCCAUUAUCAAGAACCCUGUGAUUCUCCUACUUGAUGAAGCAACAAGUGCUCUAGACUCCGAAUCAGAAACACUGGUCCAAAAUGCACUUGAUCAGGCCUCCAUGGGAAGAACCACUCUGGUUGUUGCCCACAAGCUCUCCACUAUUAGAAAUGCAGACCUCAUUGCAGUAGUUAAUAAUGGUUGUAUCAUUGAAAUGGGAUCGCACAACGAUCUGAUAAACAUGAAGAACGGACACUAUGCCCAACUUGCAAAGCUACAAAGACAAUUCAGCUGCGAUGACCAUGAACAAAAUCCUGAAACACGCCUUUCUUCUGUUGGAAGAAUGAGUACAGGCAGGCUAAGCACAGCCAAAUCAAGCCCAGCUUUCUUUGCUACACCAGUGCACAUUGAAAGUCCAAAAAAACCAGUAUCUCAUCCCUCUCCUUCCUUCUCUCGGCUUCUCUCUUUAAAUUCCCCUGAAUGGAAGCAAGGUUUGAUUGGUAGCCUCUCUGCUAUAGCUUUUGGCGCAGUCCAACCUGUCUAUGCCUUAACCGUUGGUGGCAUGAUUUCAGCCUUUUUUGCAAAAAGCCACCAAGAAAUGCAGGCUCGAAUUCGUACUUAUGCUUUGAUAUUUUCUCUACUCACCUUGUUCUCCAUCAUUCUGAAUCUUAUUCAGCAUUAUAAUUUUGCUUAUAUGGGUGAGCGGCUAACCAGGAGAAUCCGAAAGAGAAUGCUAGAAAAAAUGUUGUCCUUUGAAGCUGCUUGGUUUGAUGAAGAGAAAAACUCUAGUGGAGCUUUAUGUUCUAGUUUGAGCAAUCAGGCUUCUAUGGUUAAGACUCUUGUUGCAGACAGAAUUUCAUUGUUAGUUCAAACAACUUCAGCUGUUACCAUCGCAAUGAUUAUAGGACUAAUUGUUGCUUGGAAGUUAGCGGUAGUCAUGAUUGCAGUCCAACCUGUCACAAUUCUAUGUUUCUACACUCGAAAAGUUCUGCUUUCUAGUAUUUCAACUAAUUUUGUCAAGGCACAAAAUCAAAGUACUCAGAUAGCGGUGGAAGCAGUCUAUAAUCAUAAAAUUGUGACUUCAUUUGGGUGCAUUGGUAAGGUUCUUGAACUUUUCGAUGAGGCUCAAGAGGAACCAAGGAAAGAGGCAAGGAAAAAAUCAUGGCUUGCAGGAAUUGGCAUGGGGUCUGCUCAUUGCUUGACCUUUAUGUCAUGGGCAUUGGAUUUCUGGUAUGGAGGUAAGCUAGUUGAAAUGGGAGAGAUAUCAGCAGGGGAUGUGUUUAAGACAUUCUUUGUCUUGGUGAGCACUGGAAAGGUCAUAGCUGAUGCCGGAAGCAUGACCUCUGAUCUAGCCAAAGGCUCAACCGCAGUGGCAUCUGUUUUUGAAAUCCUUGACCGGCAAUCCUCAAUUCCAGGGUCUCAAGGAGGAGAUGGCACCAGUGGAACGAAGUUGGAAAGAAUUACUGGAAAGAUCGAGCUGAAGAAGGUAGAUUUUGCAUAUCCAAGCAGGCCAGAGACACUAGUUUUACGCCAAUUUAGCUUGGAAGUGAAACUAGGCACAAGUGUUGGACUAGUUGGGAAAAGUGGCUGUGGAAAAUCAACUGUGAUUGGACUAAUCCAAAGAUUUUAUGAUGUUGAAAUGGGGUCAGUGAGAGUAGAUGGUAUCGACAUAAGAGAACUUGAUGUUCAAUGGUACAGGAGGCAAAUGGCGCUUGUCAGCCAAGAACCAGUAAUUUAUUCUGGCAGCAUCCGGGAUAACAUUGCGUUUGGAAAACUUGAUGCAUCAGAGAAUGAAGUUGUAGAGGCAGCUAGAGCUGCAAAUGCUCACGAAUUUAUCUCGGCAUUGAAGGAAGGAUACGAGACAGAAUGUGGGGAAAGAGGAGUUCAAUUAUCAGGAGGGCAAAAACAAAGAAUAGCCAUUGCUAGAGCUAUAAUUCGGAACCCAAGAAUUCUUUUACUAGAUGAGGCAACCAGCGCUCUUGACGUGCAAUCUGAGCAAGUUGUUCAAGAAGCAUUGGAUAGAACCAUGGUCGGAAGGACCACAGUUGUGAUAGCUCAUCGGCUUAACACAAUAAAAAAAGUAGACUUAAUUGCAUUUGUUGCCGAUGGGAAGGUGGUGGAGCGAGGCACCUACGCUCAGCUCAGGAACCACCAAGGAGCAUUCUCCAAGCUUGCUAGUCUUCAAACAUAAUUUGUGCUUGUUAACUCUUCAAGGCUGGAAUUUACCGCUAGCUAGCAGUUAGACGGUGUUCCCUAGAGCUACCUGGCCACUCACACUUGGAUUAAACUUAAAAGAGAUCUCCUACUUGUCUGUAAUGCAGAAAAUUGCACAAAAAUGGGGCUGUGAAGAUAUCCAAACAUGGGAAAUCCGUUUAUAGAUUCGUAUCAGAUCGAUGGUGUUUAACUUGACCCAUGGCACAGCAGUGAUAUAUUGUAUCAUGUAUAAGUAAGAUUUAUCAACCAUGAUAUAUAUUUGAACGAGUCUGUAUCAUUUUAACUUUCAAACAAUUCAAACUCUAAAUAUCAAAAAAUA